ACGGAAGUUGACUGCCGGGAACAUUCGAAGCCACUCAAACAUGGCUGACAGUCGUUCGCGGUCAAACUUUAGUAAACGAAAACACAAUUUUGUCCAAAAUGAUGCAGAAAUAAUUCCCAGCGGCUCCUCUGAGACAAACAACGCGCCAAAGAAGACUAAAAUAUCCAGAUCAGCAGGUUGUGGAUCGGCAUGGUGGAACACGAAGGACCUUUCCGCUGCGGAGCAUCUGUGGGCCCAGACUCUGAGGUCUGCUAUCCCGUACUUGGAUGACCAGCAUUGGGAACAAGUUCCUCAUCUUCCACCUCCAUCUGUCGCAGAAGGCUCAUUGCAACGUUUACAUGAACAUCGCUGUUGCGAACUCAGCGCUGAGUCGCUCCCCUUCCCUGAGCCACGUCCACCUCAAAGUCCAGAUCACGUGUCUCCCCAACACAUCCGACCCGCACGGGACACAGCUGACUCAUCACCUGGUCAGGAGCAGGAAGUGUGCGUGGACGCAAGCUCCAAUGAAGAUCAGUCAUCAAAGGAGUGGGAAGAAGAAGAAGGACUAAAAGGAGGCGGAGAGGAGAAGAUGGAGACUCCUGCCAAGGUCUCAGAACGUAACCCCCGGAAGAAGGAAGAAGGAGCCAGAGAGGAGCUGAAGGGGACUAAAGACGACGUAAAGGUGAAGCGCAGUGAGGUGCUGAGGAGCUGCCCUAUGUGCCUGCAGGUCUUCCCUGACAGCUUCUCCCAGAUGGACUGUGAUGGCCACCUGGCUCAGUGUCUGUCAGACAUGAACGUGGACAUGGCCUGGUGACCUGGGGCAAGACCACGUGGCCACGUUUCAGGAUACCAGUGAGUGCCAGCAGAACCAAAAUAACAAGAACUUGGCGCUUUUCUCCAGUCGGAAGUGACACGCUUGAUGGAAAUGUUCUUGUUCGUACUUUGAACUUAUCUCACUUUUAAAGUGCCGUUUGAGUGUGGUCAUGUGACUGAUUGGGGAAACAGAGUCAUGUGACAGAAGUCUCUCUGGCCAGCCAGUGAUCAAUGAUUAUAAAUUAGGGCUCGGCGAUAAAACGAUAUCAAUAUAUAUUGCGACAGACACGUAAUCGGUAUCAAUAAAAAAUGCGUUCAA